AUGAUGAGUUCAACUUCGCGCACUCAACAGGGAACUCUUCGUUCUCACGUUUUACAUAUUUCUCAAGAUGGUAAUACUCGGCGUUACGGUGCAUUUGUCUUUCCCCCCUCCCUUUGCUCCCGCUUCCUUAGUUCAGUGGGAACACGUUGUACAUGUGGUUUUGAUUCAGGGGCGUUCAGGUUUCUUUUUUUUUUUCUUGUCAUGUCGUGCUGCAAGCGUGACCCCCUCUUCUGUUUUUUUCUCUUCUCUUUGUUUACUCAACGCAAUACAAACAUCCCUCGACCACGUUUACUUUUAUUAUUAUUAUUAUUAUUAUUUUUUGUUCUUCCCUAAUAUAUAUAUUUCAGUCUCUUGUAGAAGUGGUGCUUGAAUGGCAGCGGAGACGCCUUCACUAUUUUACACCUGCGCACAGGCGGGCGCCACCUACGUUUGCGCCGUAACGACUCUAAACAAAAGGAGGUACAAUAACUAUUUCAAACUGCGUCAACACUGAUGCCGAGAUCAGCUUC